GGAUCGCCGCUGCCAGCAAAUUAAGGCGCAGGGCCGCGAGCGCCCGGGCGCAGUGUCCGUCGCGCCGCGCUCCGCACGCCAGCGCUCGGGUUCCCUGGCGCCGGCGCCCUAGCUCGACAGGUAGCCAGCCACCUCCCUGCAGCUUGGGACGCUCCUGCUGUGCCCAGGCUGGGAGGAAGGAAAGAUCCGGACUGGGUGCUCAGGGACCCCUGGGCUUUGCUCAGCUGAUGCUCGUUUCCGGCUUCGGGCGGUGCAGUCUGUAGUCCUGCCGAGCGCGCUAGGGCGUGCGCCCCGCUGGAGUCCCCAGUUGGUCCUCUUCCUUCCUUUGCAGUUGGUUCGAAGUCUCCGCGGCUCCGGGGCUUUGCGGUGGGGGAGAGGAGAGGCCAGUGCGGAGCUCUGGGGAGGUUGGAACUGACCCUUCUGGGGUCCCCGGCUCCUCUGUGGCUGUGACUGCACUCGGAAACUUUGCGCUGUGUUUCGGGUCUUUGUCUUCCUUGGGGAAGCUGGACGGCAGUUCGGCAGACCCCGUCCCUGGCCAGGACCGCGCGCGGGGGGCCAUGGAGUUCACGGCGUCUCCCAAGCCCCAGCUCUCCUCCCGGGCCAACGCCUUCUCCAUCGCCGCACUCAUGUCGAGCGGCGGCUCCAAGGAGAAGGAAGCGACGGAGAACACCAUCAAACCCCUGGAGCAAUUUGUGGAGAAGUCAUCCUGUGCCCAGCCCCUGGGUGAGCUGACCAGCCUGGAUGCUCAUGGGGAGUUUGGCGGAGGCGGCAGCAGCAGCCCAGCCUCUUCCUCUCUCUGCACUGAGCCGCUCAUCCCUACCACCCCCAUCAUCCCCAGCGAGGAAAUGGCCAAAAUUGCCUGCAGCCUGGAGACCAAGGAGCUUUGGGACAAAUUCCACGAGCUGGGUACCGAGAUGAUCAUCACCAAGUCCGGCAGGAGGAUGUUUCCAACCAUCCGGGUGUCAUUUUCUGGCGUGGAUCCCGAAGCCAAGUACAUAGUCCUGAUGGACAUAGUCCCUGUGGACAACAAGAGGUACCGCUACGCCUACCACCGGUCCUCCUGGCUGGUGGCCGGCAAGGCUGACCCUCCGCUGCCAGCCAGGCUGUAUGUGCAUCCAGACUCUCCUUUUACUGGCGAGCAGCUACUCAAACAGAUGGUGUCUUUCGAAAAGGUGAAACUCACCAACAAUGAACUGGAUCAACACGGCCAUAUAAUUUUGAACUCAAUGCAUAAGUACCAGCCGAGGGUGCACAUCAUUAAGAAGAAAGACCACACGGCCUCAUUGCUCAAUCUGAAGUCUGAAGAAUUUAGAACAUUUAUCUUCCCAGAGACAGUUUUUACGGCAGUCACUGCCUACCAGAACCAACUGAUAACCAAGCUGAAAAUAGAUAGCAAUCCUUUUGCCAAAGGAUUCCGGGAUUCCUCCAGGCUCACCGACAUUGAGAGGGAAAGUGUGGAGAGCCUGAUCCAAAAGCAUUCCUAUGCUCGCUCACCUAUCCGAACCUAUGGAGGAGAAGAGGAUGUCUUGGGGGAUGAGAGUCAGACAACCCCGAAUCGAGGAUCAGCCUUUACAACAUCUGACAAUUUGUCUCUCAGCUCCUGGGUAUCAUCUUCUUCCAGUUUUCCUGGGUUUCAGCACCCACAGUCCCUGACUGCUCUUGGCACCAGCACAGCGUCCAUAGCAACACCCAUUCCUCACCCCAUCCAGGGUUCUCUGCCACCAUAUAGCCGGCUGGGGAUGCCCCUGACCCCAUCAGCCAUCGCCAGCUCCAUGCAAGGGAACGGCCCCACAUUCCCUUCAUUCCACAUGCCGCGAUACCAUCACUACUUUCAGCAGGGGCCCUACGCUGCCAUCCAGGGACUGCGCCAUUCCUCUGCUGUGAUGACGCCAUUUGUAUGACUCUUCAAAAAAAAUGGGAGAAUCCAGAUCCAGAAUGCGCAAAUGGGUAUGGAAAUAUAGGACAGGGUUGAGAGGGUGGGAUGUGUGGGGUAUUGGAGCAGGGGCUUUCCAGGAGACAUGGAACCUGUUAAAGAGGAGAGCUGGACUCACAAUAAAAUCUACUGCUAAGGGAAUGCACCAUGGACCAGGAUUCAUCUGUAGCUAGGGGACAGCUCUUGGGUUCAGGAGAGAAUCAGUGUAAAGUUCUUAAGCCAGCCUGAAAAUUUAAUAAUACGAGGCAGAUAAAUCCUAAGGUGCAUUAUUCCUGGUGGUUAAAAAUGCUGUAUCGAUGCAGUAAUGUAUAAAAUCAAUGUGUAUAGGGUUUCUUUCUGCUUUCCACAGGUUAAAAGAAUCUUCAAAGAGGCAAUAUUAUAUAGCAUACCAAUCAUAAUGACUAACUUAAGUCAAUUUCUCCCUGUAGAAAAUGGAAGCCAAUAGAGAAAUAUUUGUAGUGCUGUAGCUUAAGCAUGUUUAGUUUUCCUUUGUGUUAGUUUGCUGGGGAAGGUGCUCAGAUAAUGCUAAUGCAUCCUGUUUUGUGGAUGAAUACAUGGUAAUGACUUCACAAAGUUCUUUCUAUAAUACUGAAGGGCCAAUACUCAACAAGCUCUGUUUUUACAGUCUUGUCUCCUUUCUUCCUAAUUCUCUUUCUUGUAGCUACUUGCCAUUUAUGUAGGAAAAAUCUUCCAUAUAAAAUUUUGAAGCAAGAGCCUCUCUAUGUUACAUUGUAAAACUGAGGUUUAAUUUUUCUGGGCUGCAUUCUAUAUACUACUGAUUUAUUCACUGAGGAACACUCCAAAGCCUCUGCAUGAUGAUAUGUGAGGCUUUCUUUCACUUGCAGCUGCAAUAGAAAGAUGGUUGUCCUAUUGUGAAGGGAAUGCCUCUGCCAUGGGUGCCAAAGGCUCCUUCAUUUUCACUUCAGCUUUGGGAGACCUUAUGAAUGUUAAAAUGCACUGGGCCAAAUUCUCAUUUUUGGUGAAUCUGCUUUGUUGUGCUGCCACUGAUUGACAGGGAUUUGAGAAUGACCAUUCUAAAUGCCUGUAUAGCCACAUUUAACCUGUGCUCAUGAGGAGUAAUGUGCCCAUACAUCUGAUUUGUCCUUUUUUCUUACUGUGUUAUAUUCAUUGACCCUGUUUCUAUUUUUCUAUAUUAUGAAAUUGCACGUUAACUCAGUGACUCCCUGACAGAAACAUUGGCAGUUCUUAUAAGUAAAUCUAAAGCAUUCAUCCACGUUAUUUUCAACUCUUGCUAUCUUCUUAAGCCUUCCUUUAAUGUUUAUAAUAGUAAUUAAUUAUAUUUUAGUUCUAUAUAACCUGUAUAUUAUUUUAAAGCAACAUAUAUAUAAGCAUUUAUAGUAAGGGUAACACAUUUGGCAUUUUGCAACAAUUCAUUUCCCUAAUAACAGAAAUUUAAUGAAGUUAAUAGUCUUUCAACUUCAGAUAUAAUGCAUUUCAGCUACAGGAUGUAAUCUGUCCUCUUAGCAAAUUUCCCCAAAACUCUAAUUUAAUUUAAUUUUUGUAUGUAAUAUUCAUUCUACUCUGUUCUCACUGCAAAAGUACUGAAUCUGUUAAAAGAGAUGGGAAAUAUUGCUACUGACAGUAGGAGUAUAUUUGGGGGUAAAUGCAAUAUACUUAUCACAUCAGAUGCCUGUGGGAUUUUAUUCAUUUGUUUUAAUGUUAGCCUUUUCCAUAUCAAAUGCCUUUCUUGGGCACUUCCAGCCAGUGAAACAAGGCAUCAGGCCCAGCCUGUCUUUGUGAUGCUGUUGUUGGGUUUUGCACUUGCCUUUCUCCACUGUACCCCAAAGUUUACUUACAGAGAAGCAUGGGCUGUGUUAACAAAGCAUCUCAGAAUCCUGUGGCAAACACUGUAGGUUCAAUUCUAACUUCUUGCAUGUUAUGCUAUGGUAUCCACAGGUGAUUUGUUUUCAGACAAAGUACAGAUGUGAAUUUCUUUAUAAAACAGUUAUGAGUAAUGUUUAAAAUAAAUAUCCAUAGAGCUAGGAAAGGGGUUUAAUAUUUACUAUUGGCCUGUUGCCAGUGCUCCUUUUAAUACUUUUAAUUCCUGCUGCUUAAAGCAGGAAUAACAAAAAAUGCUGUUUUACAUGAUGCUACUCAAUACUCUGUUAAAUUACUAGUCUACUAAAGUGAAUCUGUGUCUGCAUCUUCUUUUUCAAAGAGAAUGAAAGGAUUAUUUUAAUAUGUACUAUUUUGACAUUUAUCCCAAUCUGUGUCUCAAAGUAGGUUUGUGUGUUUUUGUUGUUAAAUAUUGUUUUAUACCAAUAUUUCCUAACCUUAUAACUUUAUUUUAUAAUUAAGCAAUAUAAGACUAAAAAUAAGUAGCAUGCUUAGAGGAAAGCAAAGACUAAGGUAUCAAAGCAUGCUCUUGAAAAAUCAGUCCUGAAAUUCUAAAUUAAAUAUAUUUUUUACCUAUUGAUAUUAUUUGAACCAGAGAGAAGAAGCACAAGUGAAGUGGAGCUUAACCUAAUCAGAGUCACUCUAGCCAUCGAAACUAGGGGGUAGAAAUUUAUCCCACCUGGGCCUUUCUGAGCUAGUCCAGUUGUUGAUUUUUAUUAACCCCUUGGGAGUUUAGUACUUAAAAUUCCAAAGUCUAUUCUACCAAAAGUAAUUGUAAGAACUGGAUAUUUAAUAGGAAAUCAAAUUAAAUAACCAAGACCAUGAAUUAUAAUAUGUUUGGUAUAAAUUCAGGGUUUUCCCCCCAAGUAUAUUACAGUAUCAAAAAGCAUGGCUAAUGGGCAGUGCUGCUACAAAGAGAACCUGACAGACCUGCUUUACCUGACUCUAAGGAAUUAAUUCGGAACUUGGUAGGUUCUGCACUUGUGAGUUGUUUUUAAAGUAUUUAUCAAUAGUUCUGAGUAAAUUCAGUGGUUUUUACUAAUUUAGGAAAUCGUCCCCCUUCUCCGUUCACCCUUAGCAGUAUGUAGGUACACACAUCCACUUUGUGUCUCACAUAUCACAAAUGGUUAGGUAACAAGGUCUAGAUUAAUAAACUUAUAUUGCAUUGCUGAUACUUUUGAGUUUAUAACAAUGCUAUAUUCUCUAGCGGGCCUCCUACCAUUCCUAAUAGGUGGGCAUAGAGUGGGAGAUAUUAAGAAGCUUCCUGAUUAUGACUGACCAUCUAGCAAAAGCCCUGUGUAGGGCUAAUACUAUAGGAUUUACAUUGACUUCCGGGGCAUUCCAAGAUCUCCCCUCCUCUACCCUUAUCCAUAUCUCUGCCAUUUUUCUUCUCCAGAUAAAGUAACUUUCUCCCUUCCCAAAUCCUCCCUGCCCUUUCCUUCCAAAAAAAAAAACAAAAGGAAAGAAAAUCCUCUAAAAGCCCAAGAAAUAAGUAUUCUUAGAAGUAAAGCAUCCUCAUUCCAUACUGCCUCUGAAUCUUUUAAAGAGACAGUAGGAUAUUUAUCCCAUUUCUUAUAUCCCAUUUUACAUUAGCUUUUUAGGCUGUCCUGCUUAUAUAUAAGGGGAAUCACCUCCAAUAAAGAGGAUGGAAUGACUUUACACCCCAUUAAAUAUUCAGUUAAGCUUAUCCAUGACUCAAUAACUAAAAAGUUCAAAAAAUUCAGUUAUGUAAUAUUCAGGAUAGCAUAUUGCAAGAAAAACAAUAUUUUUACUCAAUUUUCCAAUGAGUACGAAAACUGUUGUCAUUAUUAAACAUGUAGGGAAUUGAUAGUUAUUAUAGACAAAACAGUACUAUACCCUAAAUCUAGAGAAAGCAGGGGACAGAAGAUAAGAUUUUCAGCUUGCUCCUUUAAAGAGCCGUGCCUGGGUGGAGGAUGGGUUUUUUAUAAGUUUUUAUAUUAUUUUAGAAUGUAAGGAUUAUUUUUUUUUGUAAACAAGCAAAGGGAAGGUUACAAACUAUUAAAACUUUUUAGAAGACCCUAAAAUCCUUUAUUUGCUACUUAUUACUCUAUGCCAGUUAUAAUAUUUCAAUACCUGUCUUUCUUUAGCACGUUUAAAUAUGGAAAGAUUCAUUUAUAAAUAUUGGGUAGGCAAAUAAUCCAUAAUAUUUUCCAGCCUUUCUUUCUCUGUCCCUUCCUCAAAUAAUUUCAAUCCUCUCUCCUUUUUAAACAAAGUAUCCUGAUAACCAAGUAAAAACAUUUUUUUGAAAUAAUAAUUAUGGACAAAAAAUACAACUUGUAUUUUACUUCUGGUACAUUAAAAUAUUGUGUUUAGUUGGUUCCCCCCCUUAUUUUCAGAAACUUAAAAGAAGUUCUUUUAUUUCCUAAAGGAUAAAAUUUGAUAUAGCUUCUCUAGUAGACUCUGUCACAGUUCCAUUGUUUGCUGUGUUCAUUUGCUUAAUGAAUUGCGUGAGAACAGUCACUGUUAUGAAGUGCGUGUGUUGGGGGUUGGGGGAAGGGUAUGGGAAAUAUUUUAUGAAAAAAAGUUACAAGCCUAAUACUAUGAAGUAACAUCUAAUGAAGUUCUUUUUAAGUGCAAUAUAUUUAUUUCUGCUAGAAAUGUAUUAUCAACCUUAUGUAAUAUUUGAAGCAUUACCUAUUAUUUGUAAACAGCUUAAAAUUAUAUAUUACCCCAAUUGUACAUAAGUACAAAUGUGUGGAUAUUAGAUUCUUUCAUUAAAAAUGGUGUGUUUUUGAUAUAGAUGCACACAUUUACACCUUU